GACUGUUCCGAUAAGCCUGGACACGGGGCUGUGUGUGUCCCCGGGGCGUCCUGGGACCCUGGCUGGGGUUGGGGACCAGAGCAGCAGUGAGGUUCUACUUGUGCUUACAAGAUGAAGCUGCUCUGCGGCUUCUUCCUCCUGUGGCUUGGCCUGGUAGGCAGCCUGGCUCAGAGUGACCCCAGCCCCGAGGGAGAGGAGUCCUACUCCGACUGGGGCCUGAGGCAGCUGCGGGGCAGCUUCGAGUCGGUCAACAGCUACGUGGAUUCCUUCAUGGAGCUGCUGGGAGGAAAGAAUGGAGUCUGUCAGUAUCGGUGUCGAUAUGGAAAGGCGCCGAUGCCCAGACCUGGCUACAAGGCUCAGGAGCCCAAUGGUUGCAGUUCCUAUUUCCUGGGUAUCAAGGUACCAGGGAGUAUGGACUUGGGCAUCCCAGCAAUGACCAAGUGUUGUAACCAGCUGGACGUCUGCUACGACACGUGUGGAGCCAACAAAUACCGCUGCGAUGCGAAAUUCCGAUGGUGUCUCCACUCCAUCUGCUCGGACCUCAAGCGGAGCCUGGGCUUCGUCUCCAACGUGGAAGCAGCCUGUGAUUCUCUGGCUGACACCGUGUUCAACACCGUGUGGACCUUGGGCUGCCGACCCUUUAUGAACAGUCAGCGUGCAGCCUGCAUCUGUGCAGAGGAGGAGAAAGAAGAAUUAUGAAGAGGAGGCGACUCUUCCAGGCUCUGAGGCACAUCGGGGCUGUUUCAGAGAUGGUGUGGUACAAGGGCCGUCCUUUCUUCCAACCCUCCAGAGAUCACAAGCUGGAGAAGGGAAAGAGCAGGCCUUGUCCUUUGAGGAAAGUUAAGAAAAAGACACGCAGAGUCUGAAGAUUGUUCACUGUAACACUGGUCUCCCUGGCCAAGAACUAUGUGCCUGGAAAUUUAGUUCUUAUUUGAAAGACAGCUACAAUAGACCCCGCUAUUCCUAGAUCUGGUCAUGACAUUCAUAAGCAAGAUCUGGGAGAGACCAAACAUUUGGGAGAUGAUGACUUUUUUCUGGCCCAUAUUUCAGUUGCCAGUUGACACCUCACAUUUAAUAAAGUGUACUUUUUAGAAAA